AUGAUGAAAUUAGUGUUAAAGUUGGAGAUACAUGACGACAAAAUCAAGCAAAAAGCUCUGAAAGCAGUUUCUAGCCUUUCAGGGGUUGAGUCAGUUUCAGUGGAUAUGAGAGACAUGAAAUUAACUGCAACCGGAGAUAUUGAUCCAGUAAAACUAGUGGCUAAGCUAAGGAAGUUUUGUCAUGCUGAAAUCAUCUCGAUUGGACCAGCUAAAGAGGAAAAGAAAGAAGAACCUAAAAAGAAGGAAGAUGAUAAGAAAGAUUCAACAAAAACAACUAUUAUUGAUCCUUUGAUGUUCUAUGGUACACAUGCUUAUUACAAUCAUCAGAUGAAAUCACAAUACAGUCCUUAUCACGUUCCACAUGCUUAUUACAAUCAUCAGAUGAAAUCACAAUACAGUCCUUAUUACGUUCAACAAUACAGUGCCGUAGCCGUUGAAGAAGAUCCUAAUGCUUGUGCUAUCAUCUAA